AGACGCGAGACAUAUUCUCACCCUUCCUCUUUCUUUCCACGUCUGAGUGAGCGUUGUCUGCUGCUCGCUCUCUGAUGGCGGCCGGAUACUUCUGGACGUGUUUGGUCGCUUCUGUGUUGUGGACGGGGAUCUCCCAGGUCAGGUGUAAUGAGGAGUCCCUUCUCAUGAAGCAUAUGUUCAGCAAAUACAACAAGAACAUCCGGCCAGCCCGGACACCCACAGACAAGGUGGAUGUUCAGGUCAAACUGAUCCUCACCAACCUGAUCUCCCUGAACGAGAAGGAGGAGACUCUAACCACUAACGUGUGGAUCGAGAUACAAUGGGAAGACUAUCGUCUGUCCUGGAACACAUCAGAGUUCUUCAACAUCGAUGUGAUCCGCGUGCCAUACAACAUGGUGUGGCUCCCAGAUAUCGUCCUUGAGAACAACAUCGAUGGGAAGUUUGACGUAGCUUACUACGCUAACGUGCUGAUCUAUUCAGGGGGCAACAUGUACUGGCUUCCCCCAGCCAUAUACCGCAGCACCUGCGCCAUAGAGAUCACCUACUUUCCCUUCGACUACCAGAACUGCACUCUGGUCUUCAGGUCUCAGACGUACAACGCUAAUGAGCUCAACAUUAUAUUGGCAAUCGACGCAGAGUCUGAAAAACCUAUCGAGUGGGUGGACAUAGACCCCGAAGCGUUUACUGAGAACGGAGAGUGGGCCAUCAAGCACCGACCGGGCAGGAAGCUGAUAAACACUCGCUACUCCCCAGAAGACCUGGAGUACCAGGAGAUUAGCUUCAACCUGAUCAUCCAGAGGAAGCCUCUCUUCUACAUCAUCAACGUCAUCCUGCCCUGCUCGCUCAUCUCCUCACUGGUCGUGCUUGCCUACUUCCUGCCCGCUCAGGCUGGAGGGCAGAAGCUGACCGUGUCCAUCUCAGUCCUGCUGGCCCAGACUGUCUUCCUCUUCCUUAUCGCUCAGAAGGUUCCGGAAACCUCCCUCUCCGUUCCCCUGAUUGGCAAGUAUCUCAUCUUCGUCAUGUCAGUGACUACUCUCAUCGCCACCAAUCAGAUUGUGGUGCUAAACAUCUCCCUGCGCAGUCCAAGCACCCACACCAUGUCCUACACAAUCAAACAUGUGUUCCUGGAGCUGGUCCCUCGCUUCCUGCGGAUGCCCCCCCUGCUGGACGAGAGCGAGGCGGAGGUGAACGGGGUGAGGGAGCGGCGGCGGAGCUCGUUCGGCCUGAUGCAGAGAGCUGAGGAGUACGUCCUCAAGCAGCCUCGCAGCGAGAUGAUGUUCGACAAGCAGAGGGAGCGACAUGGACUCACACGCUCCUUUGUGGACACCAUUGACGUGAGCUCCACAGCCACCCUGUACAAGAGCCUGGCCCAAUCUGCCCCGGAGAUCAAGGAGUGCGUGGACGCCUGUAACUUCAUCGCUGAGAGCACUAAGCAGCAGAACGACAUAGGAUCUGAAAGGGAGAGCUGGGUGUUGAUCGGGAAGAUGAUUGACAAGGUGUGUUUCUGGGUGGCCAUUCUCCUGUUCUCCAUAGGAACGGUGGCCAUCUUCCUGACUGGGCACUUCAACCAGGUCCCAGAGUUACCCUUCCCCGGAGAGAACAAGAGAUACUCCCCCAGCUAAGACGCCACAACAGCCCCCAAACAGUUUACAUUUUUUUUAUUAUCAUUUAACAGAUGCUUGUAUCCAAAGUGACAUUUAAUUAGUGCAUGUAAAAAGUACAGCGGAAGAUCACGGAUCAGAAGAGUCCAGUUCUAGCAGGAAUUCAGUGGUCAAAGUCAUGGAACAGUCUGUUUUUACCAGAUACAGUGUAUAGUAACCAGGUCAGCUACAGAUACAGUGUAUAGUAAGCAGGUCAGCUACAGAUACAGUGUAUAGUAAGCAGGUCAGCUACAGAUACAGUGUAUAGUAACUAGGUCAGCUACAGAUACAGUGUAUAGUAACUAGGUCAGCUACAGAUACAGUGUAUAGUAACUAGGUCAGCUACAGAUACAGUGUAUAGUAAGCAGGUCAGCUACAGAUACAGUGUAUAGUAACUAGGUCAGCUACAGAUACAGUGUAUAGUAACUAGGUCAGCUACAGAUACAGUGUAUAGUAACCAGGUCAGCUACAGAUACAGUGUAUAGUAACUAGGUCAGCUACAGAUACAGUGUAUAGUAACCAGGUCAGCUACAGAUACAGUGUAUAGUAACUAGGUCAGCUACAGAUACAGUGUAUAGUAACUAGGUCAGCUACAGAUACAGUGUAUAGUAACCAGGUCAGCUACAGAUACAGUGUAUAGUAACCAGGUCUCAGCAUGAUGCGCCGGUAAUGUGUAAAGUAAUACAGUGCAACAGUAACGUCUUUACUGUAGUAUUACAUAGUACAGUACAACAAAACAACGACUUGCACCAUAAUAAAAAAUCUAGUGGGUGCGGCCCCUUAUAAUAUAGUGGUACAACCGGAUUGUCAGGGUGAAGCCAUGAGGGUGAAUCCAUGAGGGUGAAUCCAUGAAGGUGGACAGAGAUAGUGCAGAGCGAGAGGCCGGCAAGGCACGAUUUCCAAGUAACAAAACUUUAACUGCUUCCAAAACCAGGAACAAGCAGGGAGUCACAUGAACAUGACAAGGAACCCACAAUGACUGACAUAGGGAGCGGACACGUACACAGGGUAAUGAUCACACAUCACAACAUCUGUGUGAUUGGAGAGAGAGACAACAGCUGGGUGAAGGACAGACCGGAGGUGCAGGGAGCCAGGAGAUAGAGACCAGACCAGGGCUGGAACACACCCAGGACAACAGACAGGACACCAGGGCAGGGGAAAAAAAGAGAACUUAGGCCAGGAUAUCAAAAACAACUUCCAGAGAAUUGGACAAAUCAGUGGGUACUGUGUACAGGAGGUGCUGGCUAGUGUUCUGGUCUCAGUAUGGGAUUCUGGAUUUUCAAACAGUUUCUUGAAAGUACUUGUUCUGAAAAUCGCAAAGAGGACGUUUAGGAAUAUUACUGUUUAAUGACUUUAAUUAUCCAGAGUUGUAAUGUUUGUGUUCUCUGUUGUCUUACUCAUUCAAAUGAAUUAAAAUCAUUUUUUUUUCAUGCGA